AUGGUUGUGCUUCGGCUACGCUUCAGCUCCAUCACCAUACGGCCGACCUUCCAGCGAAUUUUGAGAGGCAAUAACAUAAAAGGGAGGAAACAGUCCACCUUUUCCUCUGGAGGAUUCAAACCAGGUACCUUCCCACUGGAAGCACAAGAUUCAAUUGUCUGGAAAGUUGUGUUCUUUGAUCACCUCAAUGCAUUAAUACUUCCUCUGAUUUAUGGAAGAGGCAAAGAGAUACAGACAGGUAAAGAAAAAUGCAAUGUAAAUUUAUCUUUUCCACAGAUGAAUCCUCAAGAAAUGUUAACGGAAGGAAAUCUAACGAAAUUGAAGGAGUUUGUUCUCUUGGAUUUUGCUGAGCUGCCCCAUCUCCAGUGGUUUCUUUUUGGAUUGUUUUUAAUAAUCUAUAUUAUUAUUCUGACGAGCAAUGGCACCAUAUGUCUUCUGACAAAAAUAGAUCCUGCCCUCCAGAGCCCGAUGUAUUUUUUCCUAGCAAACUUUUCCUUCCUUGAAAUCUGCUAUGUAUCCGUCACUCUCCCCAGAAUGCUGAAGAAUUUUGCUACACAGAGAAGAAGAAUCUCCCUGGUUGCCUGUGCGACACAGAUGUACUUCUUCUUUGUGCUUGGAAGCGCGGAGUGUUUGCUCCUGGCAGUGAUGGCCUAUGACCGCUAUGUGGCCAUCUGUAACCCUCUGCACUAUCCUCUCGUCAUGAAUCGUGGCGUCUGUAUCCAGUUAGUGACAGGCUCCUGGAUCACUGCAGUUCCAGUACAGAUAGGGCAGACAUAUGAGAUUUUCACUCUGCACUUUUGUGGAUCCAACCAAAUCAACCAUUUCUUUUGUGACAUCCCCCCGAUACUCAAACUAAGUUGCGGGGAUAUCUUUGUAAACGAGAUGUUGGAAUUCAUAGGUGUUACAUUAUAUGCUGUGGUUCCAUUUCUGUUAAUACUUGGCUCCUAUAGUAAAAUCAUCUCCACCAUCCUGAAGCUGCCUUCUGCCACAAGUCGGGCCAAAGCCUUCUCCACAUGCUCGUCUCACCUGAUGGCUGUGGGGCUCUUCUUUGGAACAGCCAUUAUUUCCUACCUAAGACCCAAGACCAGUCACCCCGAGGGAACUGACAAAGUGCUUUCUCUUUUCUACACCAUCUUGACCCCCAUGUUUAAUCCUAUGAUUUAUACUCUAAGAAACAAAGAUGUUAUAAUGGCAUUGAGAAAACUGCUAUGUAAAUAA